AUGGCAAGAAACAAUCUUGGCCGUUUAUUCACGUCAAUCUCACCCAAAGUUCCCUUUCCUUUCCCUCUGUCCGAGUCGUCAAUCUGUUCAAACACGAUGAGCCGACUCAUCAGCUCGUCAACUCAACAGCCUCAUCAACAUCAGGAGAAAACCCCCAAUAAAGAACAAGAAGAGACCCUCAAAACAAAAUCUGAAAAUCACCACGAACAAGAUCAAGGAGAAGAUGGAGGGGAAGACGACGAUUUCGUGAAUGAACAGACAGGAGAAGUCGGUGGGCCCAGAGGCCCUGAGCCAACCCGCUACGGUGACUGGGAACGCAAAGGUCGCUGUUACGACUUCUGA